ACGCCCUUCCCCACAGCGUCCGCAGUCUCCGCGAUGCUACGGGCCCUAUGCCGACGUGUGAGGAAAUGCGUCACGCUGUGGCUCCUUGUUCAGUGACAAUUGGUCGUCUUGUCUUGCAUGCGCAAACAUACAAAGUUCUCUUGCAGGCGCAAAAAUAGCUACGCCCAGCGGGCAGGCUCCGAGUCAGCCUCGCCAUCGCGCGCAUACAGCCACCGGGCAAGUAUAUCUGUCUACUCCGAGCCCAGCAUCAGGUGGUACCAUUAUAUCUUCACGUCUCCAUACCGCCGCCCGUGCCAGUGUGCUCAAAACCCCGAGGUCACGCAUCGCAGCCCAAGGCGACCAACACAGUGCCAGCGAGCAAACUUCCCCCAGCGUACACACCAUCCACGCGGGCGAAGUCCUGGAAAGUGGAGAGCUCCAGGGAGUUCGCUAUCACGCCUGCCUGCGCCUGUUUGGCGACGCGGAGUGCCAGCAGUUUGGCGAUGCCCAAACAGCAUACAGCAUCCCUGCUCGCCAUUACCACGCUGCGGCUGUCCUCGCAAGCAUCUAUCUUCACUCGACUGGACUUCGGGUAGGCCAGCCGACACCCGUUCCGCUAUGGGCACUCUUCCUUCGUCCUUGACGGCACCCGCUUCACUCGACAUUCGCGGCCUUUGGUGAUGAGGGCAGUGUACACACGUCUACGUUAUGCUAUGCACCUACGGGGACGAACUCUGGCUAAUGCUAUCGGCCAGACCCGGAUGCUUCGUCGAUCUGACAUCCAUUGGUCCCUGUCGGUCUGUGCACCAUAUGCCUUACCUCAAGGACUAGGUAAUCAGC